CAUCGCCAUAAUUAUCCUUAAAGAAAGGGAAUAUGGUCUGAUUGGGAGGUGUCUGUCAUCUUUUUCAAGAAUGGGGAAGAAGAUGGAGAACCGUACCCAGAAGAAUCUAAAGAAAAUGGGCUAAUGCCAUUUCCUUCAUAUGACAUUACUGCGGAGCAUAUAAUCUCCAUAUCCAAUCACGCUCUCAAUCCUGUCUUUUACAAUUUACACCCCCACCAAUUUGGUUGGUUUAUAUAAGACUCGAAUCACACCCGAAGAUUGCGACUCAACGCACAAACUACUUCCAUCUAUCCUCUGAUUUCUCUCUCCCAAAUCAACCCACAACUGCUUAGUAUAUACUCCCUCCUUUCCCCCUCUGAAGUUUGGUAUGGCUUCAGCUUCUCAGGCCAGUCUUUUGCUCCAGAAACAACUCAAAGAUCUUUGCAAAAAGCCUGUUGAUGGAUUUUCAGCUGGUUUGGUUGAUGAGAGCAAUCUUUUCGAAUGGAGCGUUACAGUUAUUGGACCUCCUGAUACAUUAUAUGAAGGAGGUUUUUUUAAUGCGAUUAUGAGUUUUCCUCAAAAUUACCCGAAUAGUCCCCCCUCGGUGAGAUUUACCACAGAGAUCUGGCAUCCUAAUGUAUACACCGAUGGCAAGGUUUGCAUCUCAAUUCUUCAUCCUCCCGGUGACGAUCCAAAUGGAUAUGAACUUGCUAGUGAGCGCUGGUCACCUGUCCAUACGGUUGAAAGUAUAGUUUUGAGCAUCAUAUCAAUGCUUUCAAGCCCUAAUGAUGAGUCCCCGGCAAAUGUUGAAGCUGCUAAGGAAUGGCGGGAGAACAGGGAGGGAUUCAAGAAAAAGGUGAGCCGCUGUGUAAGGCGGUCACAAGAAAUGCUGUAAACGUGCAGCCCGUGAAUGCAAGUUCAUGCUCCAAUCCGAACGCGUUGAUAUGGCGAGGAACGAUGCCCUAGCUAGCUAGUAACCGGGUUCUUUCUAUUGGCUGCAAAUCGGUACCCCGUGUUUCGUUGCAUCAAGAUCAUGCAUUCUAUUAACUGCUUCUGAAAGGUAGUUUUUAAGGUGAAAUUCCGACAGGAUUUUUGUCUGGAAACUUGGUUAGUUUCAUUCACUUCAGGUGUUGAUUGGUUGGUUACCUUCUCUGUAUGUACUUCUCAAAAGUCUAGGUUUGGUAGUGUGUAUGCAACAUUGUUGGUUGCUGGAUUUUGUACUUUUGUUAUAUUGUUCAAGGAACUGUUCAUUAAACAAUGCCACCGGAAUUUAUGUUUGUUUUUCAA